ACAUGUUCUCUUUCCUUCGAUGCUUCGCCCUCUCUGUUUCUCCCUCCCAUAGACAUCACUCCGAGACACCCUUAACCUUCUCUCCCCUGAGAUGUCCUCCAUCCCUCCUCUUAGAACCACCUCCAAAACCCUCACCCCCAGAGCCCAAAGAAUCCUCCACUCCCUCAACACCUGCACCUCCCCCUCCCAACUCCUCCAAAUCCAAGCUCAAAUCCUCCUCCACAACCUCCACCCCAACACCACCAUCGCCGCCUCCUUCAUCGACACCUGCCGCUCCCUCGGCCACCUCCCCCCCGCCUUCGCCCUCUUCUCCUCCCUCCGCCGCCCCCACGUCUUCGUCUGCAACACCCUCAUCCGCGCGGCCCUCCUCCUCCCCUCCUCCUCCUCCUCCUCCUCCCCUCCCCCCCUCCUCAUCUACUCCCACAUGCUCCACUCCUCCGUCCCCCCCAACAACUACACCUUCCCCUUGCUCCUCAAGUCCCUCUCCGAUCUCCGACAAGGCCGGAUGCUCCAUUCCCAGGCCCUAAGGACCGGCCUUUCCGCCGACGUCUACGUCCAAAACUCCCUGCUGAAUUUCUACUCAUCGUGCGUCGACAUGGCGACGUGCGAGCAGCUGUUCGACGAAAUGCCUGUGAAGGAAGUCAUCGCCUGGACUACGAUGAUCGCGGGGUACAGGAAUUGCGGCAGGCCUGACGAGGCCUUGAUCGCCUUCGAGCGGAUGCAGUUUGCUGGCGUGCAGCCGAACCGUGUCACCAUGGUCAAUGCUCUCACCGCGUGCGCCUCCCACGGCGCGCUUGAGAUGGGCGUGUGGAUUCAUGACUACGUGAGGAGGAGCGGGUGGGAACUGGACGUGAUCUUGGGGACUUCUUUGGUCGACAUGUAUGGCAAGUGUGGGAGGGUGGAUGCUGGUGUGAGCGUUUUCUCGAGCAUGGUGGAGAGGAAUGUGUACACCUGGAAUUCGCUUAUAGGAGGGCUUGCAUUGGCUGAGACUGGGGAGGAGGCAUUGAGAUGGUUCUUUAGGAUGGAACACGAGGGAGUGAAACCCGACGCAGUUACUCUAAUAGGAGUCUUGUGUGCUUGCAGCCAUGCGGGGUUGGUGGAGAUGGGCCGGCGAAUCUUUGAUUGGGUGGUGAGUGGAAGAUACGGGUUUUCUCCCGGAGUAAAGCACUAUGGAUGCAUGGUUGAUCUUUUGGGACGUGCGGGCUUUCUCGAUGCAGCAGUUGAAUUCAUAGAGAGGAUGCCUUUCAAGCCUAAUAUGGUUAUAUGGGGGUCGCUGCUGAGAGGUUGUAGAGCUCAUGGGGACUUGAGGUUGAGCGAGCUUGCAGUGAAGAAGCUUGUGGAGUUGGAGCCUACGAAUGUUGCGCACUAUGUCUUGCUGUCUAAUUUGUAUGCUGAGAUGGGGAGGUGGAGGGAUGCUGAGGAGGUGAGGAGGUUGAUGAAGGAGACGGGUCUGAGGAAGGAUGCUGGUUGGAGCUUUACGGAAGGCGGGGACCUUGUCGAAGAGUGUGUCGGAUAGUUUGCUUGCUCGAGUUAUGGUCAUGGUUGAUUAAAAAGGGCUAACUGCAAGAUGAGUUCUUUGUGAGCAGCCAGAAGUUUUGGCAAAUUUGAUCUUGGUUUUAUCCACAUCUCACAUGGAAUUUACUGACAUAGUCACAUCCAUAAAUCACUGAAAGGCCUCUCUUCAUUGGUUCUGCUCAGCUCACAGGACCUGAAGAAAUGCAACGGGCUACUGAUCAUCUCAGAGAAACUGAGGCCCUUGAGCAAGAAGACGAAAGGGUGUCGAGGUCUUAAGAGAGGCAUGAUGAGAUCUUUUUUGAGAUAAAAUCACACUAUCUAAGCCACAAAGAAAUGGAAGAAGCAUUGGCUGGUGCUCGCCAGGACACGGAUGAAGCCCUUGCAUUCUUGAUUAGCCUACGUCGCACGCAGUUGAAGAUUCUUAGUUUUUACCCUUAUGGUGUUUGUGAUGUGUUUACAACAACAGAUAAGUUUGAUUGAUGCUUUGAAAGUAGGAGGUGACUUUAUAUUGAUGUCCUCAGGAUCAUUGAGAGAAUACCUGUUCGUGCUGCAGUUGUAGAUCAUUGUUGAUCCAUCAAAGAGGGAGAAAAGGUUCAGGAGACUAAGACUUGCAGCCAGGAAUGACAGUAUAAUCCUCGCAUGAACACACCUGAGCAAAUGACAGGAUGAGCCAACAACAGAAGUCUUCAUUCGUCUCACCUCCAUGCCACUGAACCUUUUUCACCUAGAUUUCACCAUUGCAUCAAUCACCUUCUUGACCGCAGGUCUCUCGACAACCAGUCUCCCACCAUGCAUUCAGAUGUGGGCACGAUCUGAAGAGCAAUGGUGUCAUGAAGAAGUGAGUUAAGAUCAGCAAGAUUGAAGAAGUCUCCAGCCAAGUAUUUGGACUAAACAGCCGGGCCUCGUAUAUGUCAAGGACCUUCUCUGCUCCACCACGCUGUCGUCGAUGAUCUGCUGAAGAGGGAGCCCUCCAUGCAUGGGGAUAACAAUCAACUGGAGAACAAUAGUAGGGAUGGCUGGGUUGUAUUGAUGAGGCUCAACUUCCAACCAUUGAUCCACCAUUGCUGACUCCUGCAAAGCACCCUCCCUCAGGAGGUCAGGACCAGAGGACUUGUACUUGCGUGCCACAUAUGUUGCAAUUGCUCUUGAUUCUGGUAGAUUCAGAUUUUUAACUGGUUACAA